GGGAGAUGGGGGACAGUGGCCCCACAUGUUUGCAGCUAUGCGGGCUAUCUCUCCCCCAAGGCUAAGCAAACUGACCAGAAACUGCCACCCUCCCUACCGGGACCAAGAGCCCCUGAUCCUGAGGUGCUCUGGGCACACCGGGCAGGGGAUUAAACCUGCUCCCGCCUGCACUCUUGGCAUUCACCCUAUCGUACAGCCAGCCUUCUUCCCUAGAAACCGCCCUUGACUCUCCUCCUCCUCGCCAACCAGGUGACUCUGUCCAGUCCUGGCUCCACCACCCUGGUGGGAAAGAGAAGAGCAGCUGCAGAAUGAGGCCUCCAAACAACCCAAGGAAGACUGAUGUCUGCUGUAGUGGUCACUGUGGCUACAGGCUGGGGGAGCAGACUGAAUUGCCCUGUGCUGGAGAGAGGGUGGGGGCUUUGAGGAGAUGCUUCACCUCUGCCCCAUUUCUCUCCCUGGAUGAGGAUGAGCCAACCCCCAAGAAUCCUCGCACUGAAGAGUCUCAAAGAGGUCACCUGGUCCAGGCUUGUGCCUCCGAGGAAAGAUGCUGCGCUGCAAGUUCCAGCGGCUUGAGAUCGCCCUCCUGCUGGCCAUGGGCCUGGGUGCACUCCUCUUCCUGUUGCAGGUUGAUCAGAGAGAACUGAUCCACCACAUCCCCCCGGGAGAAAAGCUGGGAUCCCUCCCUGACUCUUCCCCUCCCACAGUCCUCUCCCCACCCCCAGCUCCCUGCCACGCCAACACCUCAGUCGUCAAUGCCUCGGGCUUUGCUGAGCUGCCCAUCCACAUCAAAAACUUCCUCCUCUACAAGCACUGCCGGAGUUUCCAGCCCCUCCGGGAUGCCCCAGGAAAGUGCGGGGGGCCUGGGGCUUCAGAUGAGGUUUUCCUCCUCCUGGCCAUCAAGUCAUCUCCUGCCAACUAUGAGAGGCGGGAGCUGAUCCGGAAGACCUGGGGGCAGGAGCGCACCAUCCACGGGCUGUCCAUCCGCCGCCUCUUCUUGGUGGGUACAGCCGCCAACGUCCUGGAGGCCCGGAAGCUGAACCGGCUGCUGGCCAUGGAGGCGCUCCAAUACGGCGACAUCCUGCAGUGGGACUUCCACGACAGCUUCUUCAACCUGACCCUGAAGCAGGUUCUGUUCCUGGAGUGGCAGGUGGCCCACUGCCCGGAGGCCCACUUCCUCUUUAAUGGCGACGACGAUGUCUUCGCCCACACGGACAACAUGGUGGUCUACCUCCAGGGCCUGCUACCCGACAAGCAUCUCUUCGUGGGCCACCUCAUCAGCCACGUGGGGCCCAUCCGGCUCAAGUACAGCAAGUACUACGUGCCUAGGUUGGUGAGCCCGGAGAACUUGUAUCCGCCCUAUUGCGGAGGGGGUGGGAUGCUCAUGUCACGCUUCACCGUCCGGGCCAUCCGCCGGGCCUCCCUGAGCAUCGAGUUCUUCCCCAUUGACGAUGUCUACCUGGGCAUGUGCCUGCAGCGGGAGGGGCUGCAGCCUGCCUCCCACAUGGGCAUCCGCACGGGUGGGGUGCAGGUGCCCUCCACCCAGCUUGGUUCUUUUGACCCCUGUUAUUACCGGGAGCUGCUUCUGGUGCAUCGCUUUGUGCCCUAUGAGAUGCUGCUGAUGUGGCAGGCCCUGCACGAGCCAGGACUGGUGUGUGGCAAGAGGACCCUGAAGUACCAGAGGGUGUAGGGACCUGGGAUGGGAGGUAGGCCAGGGGAAGAGGGCCUGGGCUUGGUAGAGGGGAGGGAGAGAGGGGCAGGGGAUAGGAGCUUGGCUCACUCUGGCUCUGACCUGAACGAUCACACUAGGGUAAUCUCGUAGGCCUUGUUGGCCUACUGCGGCCUGACUUCUAAGGAGAAGAUGGCCCGGUCCCGGUCCCCCUCUCCCACCUUGACUAUGGCUUUCCUGCAUUUUGGGUUGCUCUCUCCCUGUCCCCCGCUCCCUUCUGCCUGGUUUUCGUGGGCCCUGGCAUCUAUGACAAAAGAGAUUGAGGUUGUGGUUCUUGGUGAACUGAGGUAUUCCUUCCUUUGACCUAGUGUCCCCAAGCUUCCAUCCCCUGCUGUAGGCCAUGGGGGCUACUAAUGGAGUGAAUGUGAGGAACUGAGUGUCACCUGAAGAGACCUGCUUAGCUCUGGUCUGUCUCCAGAUAUCCUCCAGUGCCCCUGAAUCCAGCCCACUGGGCUCAUCAAGGUGAGCCCCUCAGAUGGAGCUCGAGUCCAGGGCUGUGAGGGAAGAAAUGAGCCUCCCCACUCACUGCCCCCACUCUGGUACUCCAAAGGUUGGUCAGGGUGAGGGGAAUAGCUCUUUUGGGCAUUUAAGGCAAUCCCCGUGGGAGUGGAUUAAAAGUGUGGGGGGCGGGCAUGGAGGAGGGCUAGAAUUGAGGGGGGGGAAGCAUCUAAAGAGGGGAAGUCCCUUUAUCACCGCUGCUCUCUCAAGUGGCUCCUGGGCAAAGCUGGACCUCAAGCCAAUUCACUCAACCGAUUAGAGCAAUCCAGCUCUGGCUGGGAGCCACAUAGGAAAAUGGGUAGCAAGGAGGAAGUCCGAAAACUUCCUUGAGCUGCUUGACUCUCACCUUGGAGCCAAUGAGUAACUGCCCCAGGGUCCCUGGGAAUGUGGACUGGGGCAGUUGCCACACUGCAGCAGAAUUACUUGGGCCAGGGCUGGAGCUGGAGUCUUAGGUUAGGCUUGGCUGGAUGGACUCAGGGCCUAAGCCUUUAGCCUGUGUGGGACUGGGCUCCCAGGAGCCAGCUCAAGGUGGGCACCGAGGGUCCUGAAGAUUAAAUCUGGGUGAGCCAGGAAAUGCCUAUUUGUCUUGGAAAGCCCUGAGUGUUCUUCCUCUGCGUCAUCGUCGGUGCCGGCAGCUGCUGGGGUGACAACGUUUGGGGUCGGGAGUAGGGCGAGAGAGGAGAAAUAUGGUGGGGGCCGCUCUGCUGACGGGGUGGGGAGUGGUGGAAAGCAGAGGACGAUCUGUUCCCUCUAUGUGUGUCAGGGACCUCCUCCACUGCUUGGCUGCCUGGGGCCUCUGUUCAUUCUAACCAUCCUCUCUCCAGCAGCUCCUCUCCACCUCAGAAUGGGAGAAGGUCAGAAGCAGUAUGGAAAGGAGCUGUGGGGGGAGGCAGACAAGAAUGAUAUAGCUGACUACUGUUUUAUCCCCGACCUGGAGCGAGCUACUCAGCCCAGAGGCCCCUGCAAGAGUGGUCCGAGCUGAGUUGGGCACAUCACACCGCUGCCCUUCCUCCUUGCCCAUCCCAGGAGUGGGGGAGGGGCAGAGUUGUACUUGGUGGGAUAAGCCCCAGGCAACCAAAUGGGGGAGGGGGGCCCUAACAGGACCAGGUCGUGUCUUCCCAUGACUCCCAGUCAGCGCAGCCCUCACUGUGCCACAGUGGCCAUCGCGGUGGCUGAGGUCACUCUGGGGCCUGGAGUGGCCUUGUCUAGGCAGACCGUGCUCUCAUUGGGGUGUCUCUGAUUUGGCGGGUGGGGGCAGGGUGCAUAACAGGAGAUUGGAAUCUUCUCCCCCAAUUUAAACUGGUAUUGCCCAUCCCUCCUCCCCAUGCCUCUGGGGGUGCAGGAUGGCAGCUGGGAAUACAAACUAAAGGCAGGGAUGAGGAGCCCAGGGUCCCCUCUUCCUGGUCUGGGAUUCUCUCCCAUUCUUUUACUCUCAAAGUUGAAAGCCAGCCCUGAGGUGGGCACAGCCCAUUUGAGUAAGGAGCCCAAGGGAGAACUUCCAGAUUUGGUAGGAGGUGGGGAAGAGGCUGAAGAUGAAGCCUGCCUGACCCAGAAUACACCUUGCUCACCUCUGAUGCUCUAGCUAGGGCAGUGUGCACAAGUCCUACCCAUCACUCUAUUUUCCCUGCUCCCAGAUCACUGCCUGCGCCCAGCCACAGGGAGGAGAGGAGGGAUGGGACACUUCUUCAUCCUCUUUUGAUUUGGUUUUUAUCAAAUGAACUCUAAUGAAGGUGAAAGAGAAACAGCCUUAGCCCAGACCACAGUAUCUCAGAAACCUGGGGAAGUUACACCUGUCAACAGCAAUUAAAAAAAAAUUCAAGGUUCAGGGUUUGGAUUGGGGGCAAGGCCAGCCCGAACCAGCCAGACCCAGGCACUGUAUGGUUCCAGUGUAGGGGUGGUCAGCAGCUUCCCUCGGAUGUGAUAUAGCUUGUCCAAGUGGGAGCUGGAAAUCGGCAGACAUUCUCCCUGUAAAGUUACUGCAGACUGCUAAUGACCCCUCAGAAAUCUAUCCUGGGCCUGGAUAGCUGCUCUCCCCUCCAGCUUCUGGUGAGCUUUGAUCAGGCUUAUUGCCAUUCCCUUGCUUCGUUGAAUAGAAGUUAUUCUGCUUGAGCAGGGGAGGAGGGUAGACAGUGGGCCGGACAGAGACACUCCAUAGAUUUCAACCGGGUGAAGGUGGGAGGAGAUUUCCGCCAGGUCCCUUGGAGCCAGGCAGGCAGUGAGACACCUUGCUUUCAUAUUCCCUCUCUUCCUCCUGCUCCCUCCCCCACAACCCAGCCAGAAACAAUAUCUAUCCCUUUUAGUCUUCCUGCUAAGGAAAGGGGGACAGAAAAGAGGGAGAGGGAAGCUUGUUGAGGGUAGUUUCUAGGGUCCUCAUUUCCACUAGGAAGAUGGCAGCAGAGGACCCAGCAAGGAAGUGAAAGAAGCAGAUGGGGCUUCCACUUAACUGAGGCCAGAGGCCCAAAGUCCUCUGGGAAAGCCACCUGGUAGUGAGCCAUCAGGCCUCAGAACAGAGCUGCUCUGUGAGGGGGUGGGCAGAGCAUGGGUCCAUCUCAUAUGGAUGUGUUGGCAUCACUUCCGAUUCUCAGCUUGUGCCUUAACUCUCUGCCACAGUUCAGAGCCCCCAGGAGGACACUUGAACAUUCA